AGCUAGUGGGAAAGGUCUUUAGUGGGCUGUUUAAGUCUUCGCCUUAGGCCUGCUAUCUUAUAUUGCCCGCCGGGUCCUCUGCGGCGUUCACGCCAGCUUCUCCAGCAGCCGUUGCCGCUUCUGCCUCUGUGUUGACUCCCUCCGGUGCUUGCGGACCAGGCCAAGCUGUCUUCUUCACUUCGGUGAGUCUUUUCCUGUCAAAUAACUGAAGAUGGAAGGGCUCGGAGAACAAGGCGCAGCCAGUGAAGUGAGCCCAUUAUUGGGCGCUGUGGCAGCUGCAGCCUCCCCGCAGCCUUUGAUGGGAUACUCCUUAGACUCGGACUUUAUUGAGAGCCUGCCUCUGGCGGUUAAGUACCGAGUGUACGCUCUCAAAAAGCUUCAGGCCAAAUCUGCCGGCUUAGAGGCCAAGUACCUCAAGGAAUUUCAUUCCAUCGAGAGGAAAUUUGCCGAGAUCUAUGGGCCCUUACUGGAAAAGAGACGUCAGAUCAUCAAUGCAUUAUACGAGCCCACGAAAGAGGAAUGUGAGGUGAAGUCCAAGGUCGCAGCCUGUAACUAUAAUGAGGUGGCAGAUGACUCUGAGGCUCAGAUAUACGGUCCAGAAGAGAAUUCGGAGUAUGAGGACUUGGAGGAGUAUUGUGAGGAGGGUUUUGAGGAUAUUGAGGAGGUGUUUGGGGAGUAUGGAGGACUGGAGGGGCAUAAUAUAGACGGGGAGAAAGAGGAUCCUAAAGGGAUCCCAGAUUUCUGGCUCACGGUUUUAAAGAAUGUGCAGGAGAUCACUCCCCUGAUUAAGAAAUAUGAUGAGCCCAUUCUGAGGCUCUUGCAAGACGUGAAAGUCAAGUUUUCAAAACCUGAUGAGCCUCUCACCUUCACGCUGGAAUUUCACUUCGAACCCAACGACUACUUUACGAAUGAGGUGCUGACCAAAACUUACACACUGAAGUCUAAGCUUGAUUACUCAGAUCCCCACCCUUUUAGGGGCUCUGCAGUGGAGCAUUGCAUUGGUUGCAAAAUAGACUGGAAGGAGGGAAAGAAUGUCACUGUGCAAACGGUCCUGAAGAAGCAGAGGCACAGGUUUUGGGGAUUGAUGCGUACCACGACCCAAGAAUUUCCCCGAGAGUCCUUCUUCAAUUUCUUCAAUACUCUCCGAUGGGGCCUAGAUGCCGAUGAGGAUGAGGAAGAUGUUUUCAUUGCUCAUACUUUGCGCACCUUUGUCAUCCCAAGAGCUGUGUUAUACUUCACAGGAGAAGCCCUUGAGGCUGAGCAAGAGGGGAUGGUCAGGGAAUGUAAUACCCUGACUUCUGAUAGAAUCACACAGGAGAUCCGGGUGGCUCCACUUGAUGGUGCUAAAGUCCAAGACCAGCUCUCCCAGGCAGAAGACAUCGAUCGCUGAAGUAGAAUGGUUGGAGUCUGUGGGUCUCCUGUUUAAUAACUGGCAGUUACAAUAACCAAAACUUAAUCAUAAGUUACCUGCAGUCUUUGUGUGUCUCUUCUUGGUAGUUGCAUAUAAAAUAAUGUUCAAAUAUAUUUAGCAAUGCAUUUCACCUAGCACUCCAGUGGUUUUAAACUUUGUCAAGAAACGUAGAAGGAGGUGAGCUCUCUAAGCAUGUGAAUAACCUAAUAGUGUGGACUUUUGUCAGGAUACUAUUAGCCUCCAGCUUUGGAAAAUUACCAGAACUUAUAACUGAUAUAUGUUUGGUUUUUCCUCUCCUUUGAAUAAAUAAAAGCUGAUAGCCUCCUUUCUCCAGCCCUCUCAAGAUAAAUAGGCUUUAUUCUGUUGUGCUAACUGUGCCUUCAUCUCUUUGUAAUAGCUAUGUAGCAAGUAAUACUAAUUAAAUUACACUUGAUUUACAAUUUGAGAAAUUGCUAGUAUAAGAAUAAACAUUUGCAGCAAAUCCACACUUAAUAACUGUUGCCUUGUUUAUAGGCUCCUGUGCUUUAUGUGCUAUAGUGAUCUACUCAAAAACUAGUUAUUAUUGCUUAGUAAUAAUUAAGCACAUUAUGCUUAAAACCAUUUCUCCUAAGGCCUGCCAUAAAUUGUACUAUGUACUUCUGCUAGGUGGGGUUAAAGUGUGUAUUUUCACUUCUGUAAUAUUCUCAUCUUUCUUGUAAAUGAAUUACCUUAUAUCAUCAGUUAAACUUUAUUACCUCAUGUUUGUUCAUUCCAGAAUAAAAUUAUU